AUGCAUGUCAUGUUCAGCCGGUCAGUCACACAGGUCACCCAGGCUACCAGAAACAUGAUCGUUGAGGUUACAGGAUCCUGGUCUAAUCUCAUCGUUCUCUUCCUCUUAGUCCUUCUGGCAGCAUGGUUUCUCAUGUCAGACAGUAAAGGAUGCAAUGAAGACAGGGAAGCCCUCGAAGCUGAGAUGGAAAAGAGGAUUGAAGAAGUGCAACGCUUUAAAGAGCUGUUUCCUGAAUGGAAAAAAAAGAUGAGGGAAUACAAAGGAGCACUGUGCAAUAUUGCCGACAAUAUUGACACAGUUCACCAAGGUGCCACAAUAGCCAACAUUACAGGGUCCUCAAUGGGUGCUGUCGGAGGAAUUCUAUCCAUUGGUGGAUUAAUCGCUGCUCCUUUUACAAUGGGUUCAUCAUUGGUGCUUGCAAGUUUGGGAGCUGGCAUAGGUGUAGCUGGUGGUGUCACUAACAUUGCAGCUAGUGGUGUGGAUGCUUUUAAACAAGGGGACAUAGCAAAACAAAUAGAUGAAAUCAUGAAACAAUAUAAAGAGGAUAGUGCAGAAAUGGCAGAUUGCUGCGAUCAGUGUGUUAAAACGAUUCAAUUCUUAAAUCCCUGCCUUGAUGGUUCAAAUUGUACAGUGGAGAAAAUAGCUGAUACCUUAACAAAAAGGGUGAUGAUUCUUAUUGCAGCGCACAAAGCAGCAAGCAUAGCAGGGAGAGAUGCAGCAAAGAUAGCAGCAAAUAAAGCAGUUAAAGAAGCAGCGAGGAAAUCAGCAAAAGAAGCAAUUAGGAAAGCAGCGAAAGAAGCAGCAGGUAAAGCAAUGAGGAAAGCAGCGAAAGAAGCAGCAGGUAAAGCAAUGAGGAAAGCAGUGAAAGAAGCAGCAGGUAAAGCAGUGAGCAAAGUAGCGAAAGAAGCAGCAGGUAAAGCAGUGAGCAAAGUAGCGAAAGAAGCAGCAGGUAAAGCAGUGAGCAAAGCAGCGAAAGAAGCAGCAGGUAAAGCAGCAGGUAAAUCAGCAGGUAAAGCGGUGGCCAGAACCAUGAGCAAACGAGCAUUAGGCACACUGGGUCUGUCAGGACUCCUUGUUGGUUGGGAUAUCUAUUCUAUAGUAAAGGAUUCCUUGGAACUUGCAGAGGGAUCGGGGACACAACUUUCUAAUCAGAUCCGAAAAUUGGCCCAACAGAUGGAGGAUGAAGUAAAGAUUUAUGAAAAGCUUUAUAAUCCUCUAGAAGGUAUUGCAGUGAAUGAUGCAGGGUGGAAACAGCCCAACUAG